UGGGUUCAGUGGAUUAUCGAUUUUAAUUCACUCGUGAUCAUAUACUCAAACCCGGUUGAGUCGCGGGUCGUUUUGACUCGCGGUAUUUCAUUAGCGCCCUCUGGAUUGUGUUUGUAAACAAACCUGCGUGACCUACUUUUGAAAUCUGACAGAAAACAUCUUUUGCUGCCAGUAUGAAUAAAUUUUUGAGAUUGAAUUGAAACUAAUCAACUAUGGCAGCGAAAUGGGAACAAUUCUGCAGGCUAAAGGCUUUUGUUCGACAUUACCAUAGAAAGAAGCCUUCUAUUCAGAGUUUCCCAGAAAUAAUUUCUAAUUAUAAACAUGAACAGAUUACUGACAUCAUAGAUGUGAGGACACCAAAUGAGUUUCAUGAAGAUCAUAUCCCUGGUGCUGUUAACAUACCAGUGUUAAGCAAUGAAGAGAGAGUCAUUGUUGGUACUGUUUACAGUAAAAGCGCUUUCGAAGCUAGAAAACUUGGUGCAUCUUUGAUAUCGAAAAACAUCUCGGAACAUUUGAAGAACUACUUUUACCAACGGUCACAGGAUUACUCUCCCCUUGUUUAUUGUUGGCGUGGAGGUCAGCGGUCCUACAGUCUCGGUCUCGUGUUAGCUCAGAUCGGGUUUCAAAUAUAUAUGCUGGAUGGGGGUUACAAGCACUACCGAGAGACCGUCAGGGAAGAUUUGAAGUCACUACCCUACAAAUUUCAAUACAGAAUUAUUUCAGGUUUGACCGGAAGUGGUAAAACCCACAUCCUCCAUGCCCUUGGGGCUCAAGGUCACCAGAUACUUGACCUUGAGGGCCUGGCCAGGCACAAGGGGUCAGUGUUGGGACUGUGGCAUGGGGAAACCCAGCCCUCACAGAAGUUCUUUGAGACCCAAAUCUGUGAUCGUUUGCAGAACUUUGUGACUGAUAGGCCUGUCUGGCUGGAGUCAGAGAGUGUGAGAAUUGGCAAUGUGUUUAUACCACCGGAUUUGUUUCAGAGUCUCAAAGAAUCGCCAAGGUUUUGUGUAUGUUUGCCCUUGGCUGAGAGAGUGAAACAUAUCAUUAAAGAUUACCCAAACUGGAUUGAAAAUAAAGAACAACUUAAAGAGAUUCUAGGUAAAUUGAUUGGAAGGCAAAGUAAAGAAGUUGUCAACAGCUGGAUAGAAAUGAUUAGCAGAAAUCAGUGGGAAGAAUUUGUGGAGAGGAUGCUAUUGGAACACUAUGACCCGACGUACAGUCUCUCUCAGAAGAAGAAUAAUGUCUCUCAGCAUGAUGUGGUGCACAUAAAUGUUGUAAAUUUGAAUGAAGAUACUGUAUUUAAUGUUGCCAGUAAGCUGGCAGAACUUGGAAGUAUGAAUGUUAGUUCUGUGCAUAUGGCUGCCUAGUGUAGAGCUGCCAGCAUGUUGGAUGUUAUUCUCAGUGUGCAGAGCAUCAGACUAUCAGGAUAUUGCCUGAUUCAAUUUCACCCAUUUGCACAUAGUUGAUUUUGGGAAAUUGAGUUUAGCUUACACCAGUAUGUCUCCUGUACAGCAUCCUUGCAGGAUGAUGCAUUCAAAAACUAAAUAAUAUGUCUUAUUUAGCUUGCACUCAUAUUUUCACUUUAUAACUAUCAGUUAAAUAGGAAUGUCAACACUUGGUUUCUCAUUCUGUUGGGAGAUUAUUGAGUUUUAAGAAUUAAAAUGGAGUUGUGUCUUUCUUUAAAUUCUUAAUUUAAAUUGAGUAAUUGACAUUUUAGAAUAAGUUACUUUCACACAAAAAGUGUUUUAUUUAUUGCUCUUUUGUAGACUUGUUGCUUUAAAGUAAGUGUAUCAAUGUCUUAAAAUGUCUGUACAGUUGAUAAUCAAAUGCCUGUUAGUAUCAUUUAUCAAAAGUAAAAAAACAACAGAUUUUUAAGCAUAGAUGAAGUAUGUGUCUACGGUCAAUAUGAUUUGCAGAUAAUCAGGAUAAGCCGUCGUGUUAUGACCUAUUACAGUAUAUUACAGUAUACAUUACAUGCUGGUAAGUUAUAUUUUAACCCAUUUCUGCCUAGUGGACUCUCUCAUCCUUCUAUAUUGGAUCAUUUUAUUUCCAUAAUUAGGGAUGUCUAGUAUAUUUAUUUCUAUAUUUAGAAUAUUUAUUACAGAAAUUCCUUUAAGCAAACAACGCAGACCUUGAUGAGACGCCGCAUUUUGCAGCGUCUCAUCUGGGUCUACGCUGUUUGCCAAGGUUUUUUUUCUGGACGCAAGGCAUAAAUGGGUUAAGCAAUGAGACCAUGUGGAAAAUUUUACUAACUUGUAAUUACCUGUUAAAGUUUUAACGUUAUUGUUACAAAUAAAAUGUUGUUAUUAUAACAAAGUGAAUAAUAUUACAGUAGUUGGAUCACAAACAGUUUAAAAUACUUAACAAAAUGUAGACCAUUGUACUUUAUAGAAAGUUAAACUUAAAUUUUGCAAUUUUUCUAAGCAUAUAGUAAAAUUGUAAUAAGAAAUGCAAGUAAUGGGUUUUAUCAACAAAUUUUGUCCUACAUUAAAAUCAGUAGACACUACAGGGAUCCGUAAAAAAUAUCAGUAUUUGAUUUAUCAAAUAUUUGAUUCUGAAUAACAUUUAUACAUUGAUAUGACUACUUACUUUAUCAGGUGAAUAAGAUUUUAUAUAAUGUUUCCAAUGUGGAUUUAUGCAGAGACAGCUAAAUUCAAUAUUAUCCCUUGACCUAUGUAAAUUCAUUUUAAUAUCACUUUCAUGUUUGCAUAUCCUGUACCAUCUUAUACAUGAUUACGUAACAACUAUUCAUACAGAUUGCAGAUUGUUGACUAGAGGUAUUACCCAGUCUAAUAAUGAUGCAGUCAUUGAUCAGUGGAGUGCCUAAUCUGCUGUGUAAAUAUGCAGACAGAGCCAAGUGCAUUAUAACUUACAGAUCAGUAUUGAUACACAAAUUGGUAUGUCUCGACUUGAAUUAUUGUAAAAAUCAUCAUUAUUUUUCUUAAUUUUUAGCUCGACUAUUAUAUAUGAAAUAUAUAUAGUGGAGCUAUCCUACUCACCCCAGCGUUGGCGUUUCUGUGCUGUGCCGUUAGCGUGCAAAUGUUAAAGUUUUCGUACUACCCUAAUUAUUUAUAAAUAUAAAAUAUAAAAAUAUUUUUAUUUUCCCUUGACAUAUUGCUUUCAUAUUUUGCAUACUUGUUUACCAACAUGACCCCAACCUAUAAACAAGAGCAGACAACUCUAUCAAGCAUUUUGUCAUAAUUAUGGCCCCUUUUCCACUUAGAAUGUGCAGCAAAUGUUAAAGUUUUCGUACUACCCCAUUUAUUUUCAUUGUCCCUUGACAUAUUGCUUUCAUAUUUUGCAUACUUGUUUACCAACAUCACCCCAACCUAUAAACAAGAGCAGACAGCUCUAUCAAGCAUUUUGUCAUAAUUAUUGCCCCUUUUAUACUUAGAUAAUUGAACAUUUUGCUUAAAUUGCCAUAACUUCUUUAUUUAUGAUCACAUUUUAUUAUUACUUUGACAAAACAACACUUACCUGAAUACCACAAUGGAUUCCAUCCAAACAAUACCCCAUGCCCCUACCCAGAAUCCCUU